AGGUGUCUUGCUCCCCUCCAGUCUUGCACAGGUGUACUUGCUCCUCCCCCUCAGUCUUGCACAGGUGUACCGGCUCCUCCCCUUCAGUCUUGCACAGGUGUACCGGCUCCUCCCCCUCAGUCUUGCACAGGUGUCCCGGCUCCUCCCCUUCAGUCUUGCACAGGCGUACUGGCUCCUCCCCUUCAGUCUUGCACAGGUGUACCGGCUCCUCCCCUUCAGUCUUCUACAGGUGUAGCGGCUCCUCCCCUUCAGUCUUGCACAGGUGUACUGGCUCCUCCCCUUCAGUCUUGCACAGGUGUACCGGCUCCUCCCCUUCAGUCUUGCACAGGUGUAGCGGCUCCUCCCCUUCAGUCUUGCACAGGUGUACUGGCUCCUCCCCUUCAGUCUUGCACAGGUUCUGCUCUGCUCCUCCCCUUCAGUCUUGCGCAGGUGUAUUGGCUCCUCCCCUUC